GAAGUUGCACUGUGGUAAUACUAGUCUUUAUCUUAGAGACCAAGAGUCAUUUUGCAAAUUUGUAGUAUCAUUUCCCUAAACAACUCAGGAGCGAACUGUACUUCAGUUCCUCAGUUCUACAUUUUUGCAGAAGCAGAAACACAGCUCUUAACUUUUUUAAGCAUUGCUGACAGAGUUAACUUUUUCUUCUACCAUGUAUAACUAUAGAAUAGCAUCAACACGUGAAGAUGUAAUAAAUUAGACAUCUCUUCAUUUUAGAGAAAGAAGAUGGAAACCUCAUUAAUUUUCUUUUCUCAAUUAAAUAUGUGCGAAUCAAGAGAAAAAGCUUUUUUCAAGUUAAUACAUGGUUCAGGAAAAGAAGAAACGAGCAAAGAAGCCAAACUCAGAGCUAAGGAAAAAAGAAACAGGCUAAGUCUUCUCCUGCAGAAACCUGAGUUUCAUGAAGAGACCCCCUCCAGUAGAUCUGGGCAGUUAGCCAAAGAAACAAGAGUCUCCCCUGAAGAGGCAGUGACAUGGGGUGAAUCAUUUGACAAACUGCUCUCCCAUAAAGGUGGACUGGAGACUUUUACCAGAUUUCUUAAAACUGAAUUCAGUGAGGAAAACAUUGAAUUUUGGAUAGCCUGUGAAGAUUUCAAGAAAAGCAAAGACCCUCAACAAAUUAUCCUUAACGCAAAAGAAAUAUAUGAGAAAUUUAUACGCAAUGAUGCUCCACAAGAGGUUAACCUUGAUUUCCACACCAAAGAAAUCAUUGCGAAGGGUAUCACCCAACCCACCCUCCACAGUUUUGAUGCUGCACAAAGCAGAGUGUAUCAGCUUAUGGAACAAGACAGUUACACACGUUUUCUGAAAUCUGACAUCUAUUUAGACUUGAUAGAAGGAAGACCUCAGAGACCAACAAAUCUUAGAAGACGAUCACGUUCAUUUACCUACAAUGAAUUCCAGGAUGUAAAGUCAGAUGUUGCCAUUUGGUUAUAAAGAAAAUUAAUUUUGCUUAUUUUGAUGGCAAAUUGUACAUCAGCUUCUAAGAUAUAACAUGUUUAUGUUAACAAAUGGGUACAUCUUUUAAAGCAAAAUGUGUCAUGUGAAAGGAUUUUAAAAAUGUAAAUCAAAAUUUUUAUUCUAACAAAAUGUACUGUAUCUGCCAAUAUAGUCUGUAAAACUUUCCAUUUGACUUCACUCCAUUCAUAAUCAAAAAAACUUAUUACUUAAUUAAAACGCAGCAAAGAAGUAAUAACAAUGUUUUAUAAGAUUGUAAAGUUAAGGUUAAGCUUUUGUAAAAUUGUCAAUAGUUUGACCAAAUAUCUAGUUUGGACGUUUUUCUAGAUAUAAACUACAUAAUACUCAGAUAUCCCUAUAUUCUGACAAUAUUUUUCAUAAUGAUGAAGACUCUCUCUAUCUCAGUUUUAGAGAGUAUAGAAGUGAUCCAGUUCUUACAAUGGGAGAGGACAAUCGUUUGUUCUUAGAUUACUACCCCUGGCU